AUGAAAAUAUUUAUUCUCUUAAUCGGUUUACUUUUAUUAUUAAUUGUUAAUGUUAAGGCUCAAUUAACAUGCGAAAAAUACUUUGGUGUUUCUCUUUGUAAUGAAUGUCAAAAGGAACUCUGGAAUUCUGGACAAAGUCCAUCAACAUGCACUUUUUUCAACAAACUUUUUGCGGAAGUUCAAUAUGAUCCUUAUACUUUUAACUAUAACCUAACUUCUUAUGAUAAAGCAGUGAAAAAAGCUUGUUCAAUUGAAUUUUCAUGUACUUACGAGGAGGGUAAACAAAUUUGGGAAAGGGUUGAGGAAAAAUGUGCUAACGAAUUAACAAUUUACGUUGAUUGGAGCGCAAAUCCUUCGUCACUUGAUGAAACUGUUGUCGCACCUUACGCCACUUUAUUACUCUUUUAUUUUGCUGUACCUGAAUAUAGUUCUUUAUGUCAUAAAACUUCAAAUGGAGAAUUGUGCGGUAUAGAAUCUAUUAGACCAUUAGUUGAUUGGCUUAAACAAGAAAUCCCUGAAGGAAAGGUCCAAUUUUCAUAUGAUUUCUUAUUCGCUUAUAAAGAAGAUGGAACUCGUAUUAAAGUUCCUAUGGAAUUAGUAACUAAAUGUAGUGAAUGUGGUAAAAAUAUGAUGAAAGAGUAUAAAAAUUGGAUGGAUCAACAUGCAGUACCUGAUCCUAUCGUAAAAAAUAUGUUCAAUGGAUCUUUAGAAGCAGUUCAAGAAUAUUUUUCUUGUCCCAUAUUACUCUAA